AUGAUUGGUGUCCGGUGUUGCCGGUGGGACAUUGCAGGUAUCGUCACCCUGUGCGCGCCGCCCACGACGUACUACAGGAUAUCGGAAGAGAUUGACGAAGUGCCCGCGCACGCGUGGCAGGCUUUGUUUGGGGGAUACUGCUGCUGCCUUGGUUUCCCAAUUCGCACAAAGUUGCGAAAGAAGUACAACCUGCAGGUGUGCCCAUUUCAAUGCUGUUGGAGACUCCUUUCCAUUUCUGCGCCUUUUUCCCCUUUCUCGCUCGACAGUUCAAAGUCCCAGAUCAAUCCUCUACGCACUCACACACACCACACAUCUCCUUGGUGGACGCAUGCAUGGACUGGGGGCACUACAUUGUGCUUGCAUUCACCGCCUGACAUCGCCAGCUUGGUGAAAGGGCCUGCCUUGUCUUGUAGUGACAAGUACGUAAUCGAUUUUUUACUCACACACACGUCCUCUGGGGGUGCUUCUUUGUAUGCUGUGGCUUCCUGGGAUUGCAACACAUCUUGA